AUGAGCAAACAAAAACAAUUCACCAUCGAAGAAAAAGCAAAUGUUAUUUUUCGUUUAAAAAAAGGUGAAAAAAAUUCCAACAUGGCUAAUGAGUUAGGCAUAGGUCACUCUACAAUUUCUAUCAUAUGGAAAGCUCGAGACAAAAUCGAACAAGAGUUUCAAAAUGAAAAAUUAUCAGUUAAGAAAUUUAGAAAUUGUACACAUACAGAUUUAGAUAAUGUUUUAUUACGAUGGUUUAAAAAUCAAAGAAAUUUAUGCAUUCCAAUUAAUGGAUCAAUUUUUCAACAGAAAACCAAUGAAUUAGCUGAAGGCCUCGGUAAGCAUAAUUUUAAUUGUUGGACUGGUUGGAUUCAAAGAUUUAGAGCGAGGCAUAAUAUUGUGUUUUCUACAAUAAACGGAAAAUCAAAGUCUGUCAAUACUAAAAUAACAAAAAAUUGGCUCGAAAAAGUAUGGCCUAAAUUACGAGAAGGAUACACAGAUGACCAAAUUUAUAAUGCAGAUAAGACUAGAAUUUUUUACAGAAUGCUUCCUAACAGAACAUUAAAAUUUAAAGGAGAAAAAUGUUCAACUGGUAAAAUGUCCAAAGAACGUCUGGCUGUCUUAGUUUCAGCAAGUAUAACUAGUAAAAAAAUGAAACUUAUCAUAAUUGGAAAAUCCCGUAAUCCACAAUGA